UAUGUCACUCCUCCUCAGUCCAGAUAUGGUCACUUCCUGCAAAAACAAGAUGGCGACCUGGAGGCUUAGUCCUACGUUAACUUGUUGUACUCAGUCGUAGUAGUACUGAUACAGUCUCUCUGUCCUUAGCCAUGGACCCGUCCAUCACGCUGUGGCAGUUCCUGCUCCACCUGCUGGAGGACCAGCGGCAGCGUCACCUGAUCUCCUGGACAGGUGAGGACGGAGAGUUCAAGCUCCUGGACGCCGAGGAGGUCGCACGACUGUGGGGAUUACGCAAGAAUAAGAACAACAUGAAUUACGACAAGCUGAGCAGAGCUCUGAGAUACUACUAUGACAAGAACAUCAUAAAGAAGGUGAGCGGGCAGAAGUUUGUAUAUAAGUUUGUGAGUCAGCCCGACCCCUCGCUGCCAGAUGGGAUACGGAACGGAGACGGGGGCCAGAAUAGUGACACCGCCGACCACAACGGCCAAUCAAAAGGCCUGGGGGGCAUGGCCUCCCCCUGUCUGUCAAAGGGCUUACCCGAGCGCUUGUCGCUCAGCAGCUCUCAGAAAAGCUCCCGUAACGACUACAUGAAGUCCGGCCUCUACUCCACCUUCACCAUCCAAUCGCUGCAGACCUUGCCCAACGCGCGGCCAAUCAAAACGGAGCUGCUGCUGCAGGACUCCGCCUCCAAGGCUGAUCGCAGAGAGGUGUGUGUCCUUGCAGAGUCGACUCCCUCCUCCUCAUUAGGAGGACCUGUUGACUCCUCCCUCCAGGUGAUCGUGACUCACCCGUCUCCCUGUGUGACUCCGGCUCUCAGCCCCCAGAUACCAGCCAGCACCACCAGCCAAUCACAGAAUCCUCUUGCUCCUCCUCUGAGUGAGCCUCCUCAGAUCUAUCUCACCAGAGUGGGGGACCCCCCCUCCCUCCUCCCCCUCCCUCCUGUACACCCCCCGCACAUGUUGAUGGACGACUGUGGGGUGGUCACCAACCCCCCCCACCUCCACAACACUCCUCACCCGACUCACCACCCCUCUGUCUUCGUCAUCAUCAACCCUCCUCCCAACCAGCAGCAGGCGGCGGCCAUGACGGAUGCUCCCCCCCCCCCCAUCGUCAUCAAGGAGGAGAACCUGCUGUCGGAGGAGGAGCUGCUGGAGAUGGUGUCUCUGGAGGAGAGACGGGUGGAGGAGGUCCCUCAGCUGAUCUGUGGAGAACCAGAGUCCCCCCUCACCAUCGUGGAGAUUCCGCCCCCUCCCUGCAUGGAGCCCGAGGUCGGAGGUCAGCGGGAGGAGGACACGCCCACAGGUGUUUUUACUGAACAGCUUCUGCAGGAUGUGGCGGCCAUUUUUAGAUUGUUCCAGUCGGACGUUUUUUAUAUUUACUUUUAAGAAAAAGGUUUAUU